CCUCCUACUCCAACAGGGGGUAAACAGCUUAUGGAGCACUUCUCGACGAGUACCUGUUAGCGACUGCAGAAUCACCAGCAUUCACAGACAGGUUUCCCGAGCCCUGGAAUAUCCCUGGCUCUCAAUCCGCUGGCGCUCGCAUCGCCAUACACGUUUCCGGCCGUCACGGGAGACACUUGCUCCCCUUCAACAGCUACGAGCAUGACCCCAUUAUGCUGCGAUGAUCGACGCCAGGACGCUUCCAACAUCCCGCACGAGCAAGGCAGCACGAAUGCAGGGGCUGCCAACAUUGACUCUCCCAUGCGCGAUGUACCUUCUGAGCACCAUGGCAAAAGACCUUCACUGUACGGAAGUCUGAGUUUCGCGCUGGCAUCUACUCUUCGCAAACGACUUGUGAGCGCAACCCGUCGAAUCAUUGAUCGCGUGGGCGAAGAAGUCUUCCUCCCUGCUCCGAGUCCGCCGCUCCCUCCUACCACGAUCGUGACACCCCCGUCUCCUACGCUUUUGGACGAGCCUGGUGAAGACGAGGCAGCUGCUCAAGAGGAAGCUGCCGAAGCUCUCGUGAUGCUCAAUACUGGCAUGUCUGCGACCAGCAUCGCUUCACAAUUGACCGAAGAUCUGAGCGAGCCGGACGAAGAUGACACCACUCUCAUCGAACUGCCGGAAACCGGUAGUCUUCCGCAAAGAUGGAAGGCCUUAUUUCUUGACACAGACUCCGACCCGACAACAUUGCCGUGUCCGUACGACAUGGCUCCUGCGUUCGUGCUCGACGACAACGAUGACCAGCAUAUCUCAGCAUUACGCAUAUCGCCGCGGAAAAGGAGGAAGAGAAUAUCUAUCCGCCGUUCGCCGAAGAAGGUGCCACUACCACCUCCUGGAGCACUUGAAAUCGACCCUGCGUUCUCUCCGCCGAACUCUCCGCCGUCCAUUCCGAUUCCGCAUCCUACGGAGCUCCUGAACACAGGAGAAUGCCAAUCAGAGCAUCCGUACUCUCCCGGUGAUGCAUCCUCAAUCCGCCGUGUCAGUCCCGGAACCUUGCAGGCUUGCGAAGCGCUACUUUCAGUGAUGGACGCCGACGCUGCACUAAGAGACGUUCCAACUCAAACCGGUUCCGAGUAUGAAACAGCUUCUAUGGGCAGACAGGUUAGCCCCGAUACUUUGGAGGCAGGCGAAACUCUACUUUUGAUCGCACUCGACGGGACUGCCCAGCAGAAUGAUAUGCCUAAGAGCUCUACUGACGGAAUGGAAGCUGACAAUGUUUCUCCCGAUACGGCGAAUGCGUGCGAAGCGCUCCUAUCGUUGGGCGACGCUCAUGAUCGUGUCGUUGGUGGUGAACGCCACUCCAACCGAGUGCGGUCGUGCGUCAACCACUACCCGAACUUUCGUGUGGUGAACGGGCGUUGUCUGACCAUGGCAGAGAAGCCGUCAGAGCAAGUUCGCACAUCCACGAGGGUAGAUGGAUGUGCGGUCUACAAAUCUACGGUGUCUACUGAUCCUGAUCCGACAAUGUUUCUCGGGCGUGGGAUGAGCAGCCUAUCCCGGAUCAUGUUCCCCGUCCUGCCGCUCUGCGAAGCUUGGCCAAGAUCGAGGGCUGUUGCUUCGACUCCAUUGGAAUCUCUCAUACCACCUGAUGUCCCAGAUUCUGCGCUCGAUACAACCAUUCAGAAACUGGAAGAUGCGUAUAUCAGCUCGAUGGGUCAGAGCACGCCCACGAAGCCCCAGAUAUUCGAGCUUGCGGCCCCGAGCACUCCGCGAAGUGAGCAACAGCACAAGCGGCAACUCAUACCACAAGUACGAAGACACAGCGACGUCUCCCAGAUCAAACAGCUAUGGGAGAAUGUUGCACCUCGCCCAUUGCAGCCAACGUAUCCCCAGGAAGAACAGAUGCCGCAUGGCUGGAAACGCGAGGGCAAGCGCCCGGUGCAAACCGCUUCCGAGGAACGAAGAGAUAGCGUGGCUGCCGCGCAGCAAAGCCAAAGAAGGGGGUCGGAUCCUGGGGUGCGUUCUCGUCAGGGCCGGCUGAGGAGGACGUCAGGAAGACUCGAGUCUCCGCGCGAGCCAUGGAAUGGUGCAAUAGAUGCAUACACGUGGACACCCCCUUCAGCAACCCGCAGACCAAAGCCAGGUCUCUUGCAACUACCUCCACCCAUGGCGCAGACCGAAACCCAAGUGGAUAAUGAGGUAUUGCAGACCUCUCCGACCGCGCUUAGGUUUGGAGAUCCUCCCGAUGGUCCUGCGAUGCGCCUUUUGAAGGACAAGAAACGAUCACCGUCGAGUCAAGUUCCGCCCAAGCCCGUUACUCCUGACUCCCCUGAGAUACCAAAGAAGAGAAUUGAAUCAGUGUAUUUGGCUCCUACCGACUCAGGGCAUCCUCGUCAGGGACACAUUGGUGGAAAUUGGCCGCAUCCAACGAACGUUCAACGCUCUGAGCGAUCCUCGUCGGAUGCAAAUACUGAUCCGGAUUCUCUGUACGGCCUGACGGACGACGAAUCGGCGAAAAGAACGUCUGCCGCUCGAAAACCCAGCCGCUCUUCAAGUGUCGGGAUGCGCUCUCAAGCAUCAGCACGCAAGUCCGAAAAAAUCGAAUUCGCGCCGAUGCCUGAGCCAACAUCAACUCAGACAGCAGCAACCGCACCCCCUGAGCCAGGCCCUUACAAGCCAAUAGACGUCUACGCCAAGAUCAGAUCACGAUACAGACCUGGAGCGCCGCUCUCACAGACAUCCCUUCCUACACUCGAUACCCAAGCCGAGGACCCUACAUACAAAGUUCCAACAUCAAUGUUGCAGGAAGACCUCGCCAUUCAUGACAGUCGUGUUCACGAACGCUACUUCGGACCGAAGCCCAGAAUGAAGCCUCCGAGGACCGAGCCAUUGGACCAGUACGAAAACAUUGCCGAGAGAGUCCUUCACAAUCUCACCCACAAAGUUGAAAAUGCCUCCAGCGGCGACGACAGUCUAGUUUUUGGCGAGUUCAUGCGUCCUCGAGCGACGUCCGCUGGCUCCGAACGCAGCUUUGGAACGCUGUCAACGAGCUCGUCCGAGCGCGCGAGAGUCAUGUCUCUGAAACUCAAGUCGGAGAGCGGUAGGACUGUCAGUGGGUAGAGCCCACUCAGCCCGAAAUCGACUGCGUCUCUAGGGAUCACGAGCGGCACACCUGUGUUCCGAAGUGUGACUUUGAGAGAGGCCGUCAGU